UUUAAGGUUUUCUGUUUCUUUUUCUCUCUAAUCUCUAUUGUCCUCUAUCUCUUCAAAUCAUUUUACUUGCAAAUCUCAUAAGCCGCCAUAUCCGACAGUCCAGAGCUUCCAUCUCCGGCAAUGACAUACGGACCGAACGGAAUUGUUCAUCUCAACUCGAUCAUCUCCACCAGAGAUAUUGGAUUUUGGAUUUCGGAUUCAUUUCCAAAUGUCUGUUAGAGUUAUUUGAAAAGCUGCUGGAAUUUUUCGAUCGAAAAUGUUGGAAACGUGACGAAGUUUUUUUAGUUUUCCUUAGUGAGCAGACUGGGUUUUUCGAUGAUUUUCACUUAUUUCAACUGGGUGUUCUGUUGAUUUGAUUCAAGCCUUGGGAGUUAUAAGGGUUUUUGCUUCUUGGGUACUUUGUGAGUUUGGAUUUUUGGCGAGGGUUUUGGUGAUUUUGGAAGCUUGGAUGUGUCGCUGGUGCUCUAAUUUUGGGUUUAAUUUCUGAUCGGAAGAAUCUAGGAACUGGUAGGUGAAAAGAACAGGGAUUGCGACUGGUAGAUGAGAGCAGAGUUGAAACCCUGGGCAGGUUGUUUUGUUUAUUGAAUUCUUUUUGGCUUGUCACAGUUGAACUCCAAAAGGGUGUCCUUAGUUUUGAUUUUCCCACAACUGUAGAAUUUGGGAGGUAUGCCUGUUGAAUUGGAGAGUAGUUCAGCCAUGGCUGUUUCUACGGUUUCUGGGGAAGCUAGUGUGUCUUCUUCUGGUAAUCAGGUGGUUCCACCGCCGACGGCCACGAUGAAGAAGAAGCGAAACCUCCCUGGAAUGCCUGAUCCAGAUGCAGAGGUUAUCGCGUUGUCGCCGAAGACUCUAAUGGCGACGAACCGAUUCGUCUGUGAGAUCUGCAACAAAGGAUUUCAGCGUGACCAGAAUCUUCAACUCCACCGUCGCGGCCAUAACCUUCCUUGGAAGCUCCGACAGCGAUCGAGCAAAGAAGUACGCAAGCGAGUCUACGUCUGCCCUGAGCCUUCGUGUGUUCAUAACGAUCCUUCGAGAGCUCUGGGUGAUCUCACGGGAAUUAAAAAGCAUUACUGUCGGAAACACGGUGAGAAGAAAUGGAAAUGCGAUAAGUGUUCGAAGAAAUAUGCAGUUCAGUCCGAUUGGAAAGCCCAUUUGAAGACUUGUGGAACCAGAGAGUAUAGAUGCGAUUGCGGAACCUUAUUUUCAAGGAGGGAUAGCUUCAUCACUCACAGGGCUUUCUGCGAUGCCUUAGCUGAGGAAAGCGCGAAAGCUCACCCAGUUGUGAAUUCGAACUCAGAAGAUGACUCCAAGAGUCAAAUCGUUGUUGCCUCUUUGCCGCCACCGCCGCCUGCUGCUCCUCCACCUUCGUCUACUGUCGUUUCUGAGGUUUUGCAGAUUCAAAAUCCAGGUUUUACAGAUUUGCCCGAAAAUUCAAGCCUUCCCGGAAAUUCAAAUAGAAUCAUUAACCACAUCCCUCCGUCUACCUGCUUAAACGGGAGCAUUGGCAGUGGCAAUGGCGGUAGUAGUAGUAGCAGCAGCAGCAUCUCCAGCGGUAGUAAUGGCAGUACUACCACGAGUGUAUUGGCAAGUCUAUUCGCAUCAUCGUCAGCUGCAGGAACCUUGCAGGCAGAUUUAAUAUGCGCCAUGGCACGAUCGGAGCGCUCCACAGCGCUAGCGACGGUCUCAGCCGCAGAGCCCACUUCUCUCUGCCUAUCUUCUACCGGUGGCGCUUCCGCAAUCUUCGGUACAUCAGUGGGAACAGAACACCGGCAUUAUGCUGUGCCCUCUUCUCCAGCGUUGUCGGCUACGGCAUUACUUCAGAAGGCGGCGCAAAUGGGGGCAGCCGCCACUAGUUCGUCGUUUCUGCGUGGGUUAGGGUUGACCUCGUCGUCUUCCUCUGGGCAACAAGACGGGUUGCAGUGGAGUAGUGGACGCUUUGAAUCGGAGCCCGGGAGCUCGAUGUCGACGAUGACGGCCGGUGGCGGUGGCGGUGGUGGUGGUGGUGGGGGCCUUGGACUUGGGCUUCCAUUGACGGAGUUAAUGAUGGGCCCAUCGUCGGUCUUUGGGACAAAACCCAUGACACUGGACCUUCUUGGACUGGGAAUUGGGGGUGGUGGUGGUGGUGGUAAUCCCACGGGAGGGUUCUCAGCUCUGAUGACGUCAAUGGCCGGUGGUGGACUGGACAUGGCAGCUGCGGCAGCCACGUUUGGUGGAGGAGGUAGCUCGGGAGGAAAGACGUGGGGCCCUGAAUCCACGGAGAGGAAGCCCAAUAGGCAAUAGCCCUGCCUUGUUGUAGAGUUUAGGUGUAGAGGAAGUUGAAGGGGUAUACGCAUUCGUAUACGUAUAUGUACACAUCUACUUAUACGAUGUAAAGAAGGAAAGAAAAUCUGUGUAGCUUUCUUUUUAUAGAAGAGACACCGUAGGUGUAAUUUGAUCGAUCCAAUUUUAAUUCUUGAAA